AUGGAGGUCUUGGUCCGUGCCAACUCUAUGGCUUACAACACCACGCAGCCCCUCUUCGACCCCGAGAGCGACCGCCUAGAUGGCUUCGAUGCAGGGGGCCGGCGCUGGCAGCGGCUGCGGCGCUUCGACCGGGACCCGGCGCCCGGGGGUGUCUUCGCCCGGGUCUUCACGUCCGGCCGCAGCGCGGUGGUGGCCUUCAAGGGCAUUUGCCAGCCAGGCGGCGAGCAGUGCAUCAUUGACACGUGCUUCCUGGCAAAGAUCCAGGCGUACGGCGCCCUGUCAAAGGACCUAAGCCGGGCCUUUGGCGCGGAGGACGAGACCUGCCGGAGAUUCGCGCACCUGCUGAAUUUCGAAGACCAGGCGGACCGCCUGGUGCGCGAGGUGCAGCAAGGUUUGCCUGGCUUCAGCAUCACCUUGACGGGCCACUCGAUGGGCGGCAUGUUGGCCAUCGUCACUGCGGCGCGGCAGCCAAAGGUGCUGAAGGCGCUGACCUUUGCACCCACGCCCUUUCACCAGGCGCUGAUACAGGACCUGAACUGGACGGAGGAUCAGAUCCAAGGUCUGAAUGCAGAUGACUUGGUUGCCACUUGCGAUCCCUUCGACUGCGGUGUCAACUCCCUGUAUGUGGAACAGGACUUCUUGUUGUUGGUAGCGGAGCUCUACGACCAGAUCUGCUCCGUGGACGCUACCUACUCCAAUGACUACCGCGAGUACCGGAAAAGGUGCACAAUCUAUCGCAAGAAGAUGGAACUCGCAGGACGAAGCAAGGAGACUGCCUUCAACAUCAUCACGAUGCUGACGGGCAAGGCUUGCGACUUGGUGGAGGAUCUGGACAUGGAGCGCCUGGCAGAGGAUGGUGGCUACGACAUGAUCUUUGAGAGGUUGGACAGAGGUUUCAAGCACGAGCCACUGACAGAGCUGCCGGACGACUUUGAGAAUUUCUUCGUGAAGUUGCAGCGGCGACCUGGUGAGACCAUGCAGGAGUAUGCGGCGGAGUUUGCGCGGUCGCAGAGGAGACUGCAGAACACUCAUCGGGUGGAACUCCCCGAGAAGGUGUUGUCAUGGAUGUUUAUCCGGAGAGCUGGAGUGACCAAGGAGCAACGCCAGAUGGUCCUCACGAUGAUGGGUGCGGACAACAUGACGUUGGGAAGAGCUCAGGAGGCGAUGUUCUUUAUCAUCGGCCAGGACAGCAAGGCGGAGCGCCCCCGGAAGGAUGUGUACUACACGAACGACUGGGGAGCUGAGGAGGCCUCUGUGAACGACUUCCCGCAGCACCCGCACGAGAUCUACUUCUACAGUGAUGAUGACGAGGAGUGGAACGAUCAGGAUGAGGACUACUUCGACCAGCCGGAUGAGGACUACUUCGACCAGCCGGUCCAGGACACGGAAGAGACCGAGAUCUUUGAUGUGGAGGAGUAUGAUGAGGUCUAUACUGCCUACAUCAAUGCCAAGAACCAGAUGAACCGGAUGCGAACUUCCCGAGGAUCUUAUCCGGUGGUGGCGAUGGUUGACGCCAGGGGAGGUAGCAGCCGGGACAAGGACAAGGGCAAAGGCAAGCGGUCGAAGGGCAAGAUCAUCCCUACCGAGAUCGGCACCAGCAUCACCGACGGCUUCUUCAUCGGCAAAGGCAAGAGGAACUGUCCAUCUGCUGGGGAGAAGAGGAAGCGCGUGGCGGACCAGGAUGCCGACAUUAACAUGGUGGAGGAUGCUGACGAUGUCAAGGACGACGACCGCAGGAUCUACCACCUAGACGAGGACGACUCGGACAGUGACGAUGUGGCCGUACAGGAUGGAGGUGCAGCAUCACUGUUGGCAUCUCGCCAGCAGGUCCGGAAGUACCUGAAGUACCUCCUGGAGAAGGGUGUUGCCAGGGAUGAGAUCCAAGUUCAUCCCUGCACCAAGAGCUUCAAGUACGGCAACUCCGAGAAGGGUGACUCACAGGUAUGCGUUAUGGCGCCCACCUACAUGGGCGGCAAGAAGAGGCGCAUGUUGAUGUAUGUCAUCUCCGGGACUGUGCCGAUCCUCAUUGGCCGACCGGUCAAGCGGAUGAAAUGGCCUCAUGGACAGUGGAUCGACAUCCCAGUUGGACCACGUGGAGAACACCAGCUACACCUUGCUGAGGAUGUGGACGAGCUGAAGGAUGCCGAAGAUGAGGAGAUUCUGAUCCCGGAGAACGCCAUCAACCACGUUGACUUUCAGAAGGACCUGGGCAUAGAGGCCCUGAAUGAGGACGAUGCCAUCAAUGCUGUGGAGGAGGAUAGCGGACAUGGUGCUGGGGCAGACGACCAGCAGGCGAUGCGACAGCCUGAUGCCGAGUUGGACUCGAAGACCCAGAGGAAUCAGAAAGCCUUGGAGGUGCGGUUCGCUGGAGUAUGCAUGGAGAAUUCGGAAAAGACGAGCCGACUCACUCAGAAGAAGCUGAGGACCAUGAUCACUGGGGCGGAGAAGGAGAUCGCGACCCAGAACAGGAAGGUGCAGGCGAAGUUCCUGGAUCGCGUGCAAGAAGAGGAGCCCGAUGAAAUCCUGAUGGCGCCGAUGUGCAGACUGUGGUCGCAGAUGCAAGAGUUGAGCGCGAGCAGAUCGCCCGAGGCAAAGCAGAAGCUGGUGGAACUUCGACGGCAAGAUCAUAACAACGUGCUGCAGUUUGUGAAAAGGGUGUACAUGGAGCAGUACAACAACAGCAGAGAGGUGACGUUGGAGCAUCCCUGGACCAGCAGAGCGUGGAUGACAAAAGCAUGGCAUCAGCUGCCGGGUUAUGAGACCUACGUGGACCAAUGCGCUUAUGGACUCAAGGUACCCGAUGAUGAAGGAGUUGUGCGACCAUCGAAGAAGCCGACCAAGUUCCUCACCACGAAGAAGCAUCUCUACCACAAGGUUGGCAGGCCGCGGUACCAGCAGAACCUGCAGGUGAUGGACAGCGAGAUAAACAAGCUCAAGCUGAAGAACGAGACCAAGGUCAUUGAGAAGAACAAGGUUCUCAAGGCCAAAGUGGGGAACCAGGUCUUCGGCUACGUCAAGAGAUUGCACAAGAACCUGGGACAUCCAUCUGCCCCGGUGCUCAAGCAGAUGUUGAUGGAAGUGCAGGCGACUGAGAAUGUGCUGAAGGCGGCCGAGGAGUAUCUGUGCCCACAGUGUGUUGCUCGUCAACGACCAGGAGGUGUCCCACCUGCUGCUGGAUUGACCAGCAAAGAGUUCAACGACCGCAUCGUUGUGGACUCGGCCUGGAUUGCAGUGGAAGGAGGACGACGCUGCGUGCUCACAAUCCAAGAUCAAGCAACGCGGUACAUUGCGGUCCGGAUUCUCAAGAACGAGAAGGCGGAGGACCUGAUCAAGGGUGUCGAACGGGCAUGGAUCAAGCAGUUUGGCAUCCCGAAGUACCUGCGCACAGACGAAGCAAAGGGCUGGGCGAGCAAGGCUCUGCGAGAAUGGACGGCAGAGCGGAAUAUUGCCCUGGAGAUCGCACCCGCGGAGAGCCACAACUGGUUGGGCGCUGUUGAGAGAAAGCACCAAGUGGUGAGACGAGCGCUGGAGCUGUACAUGGAGGAUUCCGGCAAGAAGAAUGAUAGCGGACUCCUGCAGGCUUGUGUAUAUGUCCCCUCGCAGAUCAACUCGAUGAGCAUGGUGCGAGGAUUCACGCCCCAGCAAUGGGUGAUGGGUAAGAACCCCAACCAGGUGCAGUCUUUGACGGGAGAGAUCUUCAGCCCGACGGUCAGUGGUGCAGCAGAAGCGGCUUGCAGCGCAGAUGGUGAUGCAAGACUGAGGAGAGCUAUGAAUCAGAACUACCGUCAGAUCAAGGAUGACGUGGUCAUCGGACAGGUGGUGUACUACUGGCGAGAGAAGGGCGCGGGCAUCUUGCAAAAGCAGAAAUGGCGAGGACCUGCGCGAGUGGUGGCUACCGAGAAGGACAGCGACUACAAGGACCUCGUGAUCUGGCUGGCGCAUGGAACAUCACUGUUGAGGUGUUCGCCCCAUCAAGUACGUCCUCGAGUGGAGGAGACGGGCAUCCCGCUGGUGGCUGAUCCCAACGCUGCACUACAAGAUCUACAAGCACUCCGAGCACGAUCUACCACGCAGUACAAGGAUGUCUUUGACCCAACGAUUCACGAGGAACAGGACGAAGAUGAGCUGGACGCCAUGUAUGAGCCGGAGGCGCUGGACUUUGAUGAGGAAGCCUCGCCAACAUCACCGGCGGGGUCAGCCGAGGUGAUCUCGGUUCCUGGAGUUGUGGUGCCAUUCCUGCAGGCGCAUGCGAGAAAUGUGGAGCAGAAAAAUGACGCCAGUGAGCCAAGAUCCCGAAGGGCGUCUACAGUUGAACCAGAACCACUGCCGCCAGCUGAGGCUGAAGGACGUGGCCCAGCAUCUUCAGAAGGGCGACAAUCAUCGCAGCCAGCACAACCAGCCGAACCACAAGCACCUGAUGGACGGGAUGAACAGCAGGACCUGCGAAGCAAGCGGCAGAAGACUGCACAGGCAUCGGAUGCUCCUGUUGACGUCCCAGUGCCCAUGCAGGAUGACGAUGAUCUCAUGGUGGAGGAUGUGACGUUUGUGGAUGGAGCUGAACCAGAUCUACCUGCCGGUUGGGUAAGCGUGGACGGUGAGUUCGCGUCCGAGAAGAACAUGACGGCUGACCAGCGAGCCCAGAUUAUGGAGGCGAAGAAGGCAGAGAACUAUUUUCGGAACCAGGUGUGGAACUUUGCGGAGGUGAACCCCGGAGAUGAGUCGCGGAUCGUCUCUGCGCGAUGGGUGCUGACCUGGAUCGACAAGUGUCUCUUCAUCUAUUACAAGCAGACGACUGGCGAGAUGAAGGCGAUUCUGAUUGUCCAUGUGGACGACAUUCUGCUCGACGCGGACAUGAGAGACAAGGAAGUGGUGGAGCUUGUGAGAAAGGUGAGAGCAAGCUUUGACUUCGGCAAGUGGAAACAGCUGCAGGAGAAAGAGCCAAUUGUGUACUGUGGCGGCACGAUCAGCAUCCAGAACGGCGAGAUCGAGGUGAGCUUUGCGGACUACCUCAGGAAAGUCAUGCCCAUCACGGUGAACAACAAGGACACCGGCAACCUAACCGACAAGGAGGAUGUGGUGCACAAGUUCCCGAAGAUGAUGGACGACAUCAAGGAGCUGGGGUUUGUUGCCUUCAGUGAUGCAGCAUUUGGAGUGCGACGAGACAUGGCGUCGCAGGGCGGCUAUAUCAUCAUGGCCUGUAACAAGAAGAUGCUGCAUGGCGAGUGCGAAAGGUACACACUGCUGAGCUGGAGAUCGUUCCGGUUGCAGAGGGUGUGCAGGAGUUCGUUGUCUGCAGAAAGCCAAGCGUGUUCGACAGCCUUGGACGAGCUCACGCUGACUAAGCUUUUCUACUCCCUCAUGCUGAACCCGGACCAGGACUUGCGAAAGAGUGAGACGGUGCAAGCAGCUGGCGAAAGUGCAAUGGUGGUGGACGCUCGAGCUCUGUAUGAUGCGACGCAGCGGGAGACCAUCCAGAACGCCGGCGACAAGAGGGCAGCAAUCCAGAUCCUCUGCAUCAAGGACGCGUUGACCUGGACCGGAAGCAGACUGAGGUGGGUCAGUUCCGAGAGGCAGUUGGCUGACGGAACGACGAAGCUGGCGGCGCGGCAGUCAUUGGCUGACGAUCUACGUGGAGGCUACAUGCAGUUGAUCAACGACGGCAACUUCACGGCAGCGAAGAAGAAGACUAAUCAGGAGCGGAAGCCGCAAAGGACAGUCACGAGUGGUGGCAGCGCGGUGGCAAGUUCGUUGGUGGCCAUGGUGGCGAAUGACUACAUCCGGAAGGUCGAGGGUUACAAGAACAGCGGCGACGAGGUGAUCGACGUGAUCUUUGUUGUCGGAGUCUUCAUCGUCAUCCUGGCGGUGAUCUACGGCAUUGUGAAAGUGACGGAGGUGUGGAUCAUUGGGAAGCAGGAGAAGGUGAAGAACACGCGGAAGCUGGAGGUGGCAACGCAAACCGAGAUUGACAAGCGGCCGGAGUAUUCGGCCCUGUGGCAGAAGCACCAGGAGCAAUCGUUUGAGCUCCAGUACUGGAAGAACGCGGUGCCCUCUUCUGUGGACAGCACGGAGCCGGGGCCUUGCCAGAACAUGCCCGUGCCCUACCAAAACGGAGGUUGGCGCGAGAGUUUGGGCUCGGGGAGCGACGACAUGCUGCGGGCGCUGCCGAACCUGCUGUGCAAAACAGGUGCCCACGACUGGGCGCGCUACGAGAAGCUGGUUCUGGCACAGACGGGAGCUGGCGCACCUGCGAAUGUCCCG